AUGGAAACAGUGGACGCAUGCGUUCCGGAAGUUCGAACCGAAGGUAAACCUGCUGUUGCAGAGGAAUUAUGGAAAAAUGUUGAUCAAAUCAUCGUGAAGGUUGAUGAGGAUGUAAUGGAGGAGUUUUUAUAUAUAAUUUCCAGCAAAGGUAAAAGUAAAGCUGAAGAAAAGUCAAUGAUCACUAAAGUUCAAACCUGUGGGUAUUAUGGGAAUAGAAAUAUGCCCUGUGGUGAGAUUAAAAAUCAGUUGCUUGAUGAAGAACAGCUACAUGUUUUUUGGAGAAAUUUAUUGGAGGGAAAAUACCCUCAAUGGAAAUUUGUACAUGUGUCAACUUCAAGACAAAGAAAAAGAACACAAUAUUAUGGUGAAACAUCCGACAUAAUUUCCCCUGUUGCUCAUGCUGUAAAGAAGCGUAAGAAGUCUCCGGCUUCAAGGCCUGUAGAAUGGGGGACCGGAGGGGCAUAUGAAGGUAUCAAUGACGAGUCUCAAUCAUCUCCUAAGCUUCUACAUCCCAUUGUGCAUGAGCUUUGUAAAAUCCUAAAGUUUCAGGAGGAUGUCAAGAACAAAGUGGACGGAUUUGUUGAUUUUGUUGUCAAGAAUUAUAAUGUCAGUAGGGAAGAUACUUCUACUCUACAGGCCUUCAUGAUAUCACUGUGUUGGAUUGGGGCCUCACUUGCAAAACAUGAAGGGAGUCUUUUGACCUUGCAAAAAAGCAAUUGA